GUAGAAAACUGAGCCCUGGGUGCCAUGCGGAGAGGAAAAACAGUCCUGGGAGAUAUUUGUGAAAACGGGCCCACAUCGCAGAGGACAGGAUGAGCCUUUUACCUCGCACUGCUGAGGAGUUCAGCUCUGCAGAGUACUGGGAGAGGUUCUUCAAGAAGCGAGGAGAGAGGGCGUUUGAGUGGUACGGAGAUUAUAACAAACUCUGUGGGGUGCUCCAUAAAUAUAUCAAAGUGCAGGAUAAGGUGCUGGUUGUUGGCUGUGGUAACUCAGAGCUGAGCGAGCAGCUGUAUGAUGUUGGCUACAAACAUCUGACUAACAUAGACAUCAGUGAGACCGUGGUGACUCACAUGAACCAGCGGAACUCAGAGCGCAGACCUGAUCUAACCUUCCAUCAGGUGGAUGCCACCCAGACUCCCUACGAGGAUGCCAGCUUCCAGGCUGCUCUGGACAAAGGCACCCUGGAUGCAAUGGCCUCUGAAGAGGAGGGAGCUUUGGCCAGGAGGAUGAUCACUGAGGUUAGCCGGGUCCUUAAAGUGGGAGGGCGGUAUGUCUGUGUGACCCUGGCUCAGGAGAGUGUGGUUAAGCUGGCUGUGGAGCACUUUGUUCAGCUCGGCUGGGCGGUCAGGCUCCACUGCCUGCAGGAGGAGAGGGGGAGAGAAGAAGAAGACUCUUUCGCUCUACCUGUUUUUGUCCUCAUCUCUACCAAGUUCCGCCAACCGAUGCCUAAUCCCAUCCUUGAGAUGUGCCUCGGAGACGAUGGGGUACCGGUCCGGCACACGCGUGUGUGUGACCUUCUGUCUGCCGUGAGGGAGUACCAGGCUUACUCUGUUCUCAGGAAGAGGCUUCGUACAAACACGGACCCUCCCUCCAAUCUUUCCCUAACCCUCUGUGACGCUAAGACAGGCCUUCCAAGAUACACCCUCACAGUGCAGGAUUGCCCCCCUGGAGCCAAAGUGCCCCGACCAAACCAGUUUGCUAUAUUUAUAGUGCCCAGAGGGAGUGAGACGGCUUGGCUCUACAGCGCCCCAGAGGGCAGGAGGCAGCUGGCUGCCAGCGCCAACUUUCGCCGCCUGGUUAUUGCUUCCAUGCACAGGAAUCAGGAUUACACAGACAUGCAAGCAGUCCAAUCAGAACUCUCACCGGUGGUGAUGGACUUGGCUCCGCCGGGUAUGCCGACCAACCAGCAGGUAAACGCACAGACCUGCCUUGCAAUUUUGGAUCCACAGUUUGCAGAAAUUGACAGAGUAGUUUUAAAACCAAAGCAACAAUCCAAACAAAUCAAUAUUUGUUCAUCAGCAGCAUCAAACCACAAGAAGAAGAACAAAAAGAAGACCAAGGCAGCGGCUGCAGCAGCUCCACCUUCAGCCUGUCUGUCGGUGGACAGCGGCUUCCUCUGCUGUGCUCACCAUGAGGUCAUGGUGGCCGGUCUGUCCAUGCUUGGAGCGGCGACCCCGCAGAACAAAGACGGCCCGGUUUCAGUGCUGCUGGUGGGUCUCGGUGGUGGAGGUCUCCCUCAGUUCCUCCGCGACUUUGUGCCGAAUGCUGCUGUUGAGGUCGUAGAACUAGACCCAGUUGUGCUGCAGGUAGCAAAGGACUGGUUUGGAUUCCGACCCGACGAUCGUUUGACCGUCACUCUGGGGGAUGGCCUGGAACGCAUCUGCUCCCUGGAGAAAGAAGGUGGCCAUUGUUUUGAUGUCAUCAUGUUUGAUGUGGACAACAAAGACAGCUCUGUGGGGAUGAGCUGUCCUCCUGCUGCUUUUGUAGAGACACCUGUUCUGCAGAAAGUUUUUAACAUGCUCACUUCAAGAGGUUUGUUCAUGCUAAACCUUGUGUGCCGUGACCUGCUCCUCAGGAAAAACGUGCUUGAGCGUGUCAAGAGUGUGUUUCCCACCAUCCUCUCCCAAAGGAUCCCAGAGGAGAUCAACGAAGUUCUUCUGUGCUUCCGAGAAGCAAAGGAUGCCGACCGCAUCCUUCCGUCCUUGAGCCAAGCAGCCAAGAAUUUCCAGAGGACGUUGUCCUGUGGUACCGCUGACUCCAAACGAAAGCCACAUAUAGACAUUGCAGAGAUAUUAAAAGACCUAAAAUUAGAGUAAAGUUUUAAAGAAGCUUAAAAUGCAUUUGCUUAAUGAUAAUAUAUCAAUAAUAAAUAA